UUGUAAAGACAUUUUCAUUGACAUUUUGUACUUAAAAUAUUUGGCGGAAAGAUCGCUCGGCUUUGACAAAUUUGAUAUUUUAUGUGUUAUGAGUAAAUUAGUAAUAAUAGUUAUUGAUAGUUAUAUUUUAUAAACAUGGCACAAAGGAGCAUAACGUCCUUCUUUAUUAGGGUCACACCAAAGGAUUCAACAACAAGUUAUGGAGCUUCAAUUGCUAAGGUAUCUUCACACCAAUUAAAGAGAACUAGAGAAUCCAGCAGUGUAGAUGACAAUGAAGAAAAUAUGCCUACUAAGAAUACCCAAAAAGAAUUAACAAAUAAAAAGAAUUCAGCAAAAAGACAAAAAACUGUGAAAGUAUUGCCUGAUUCAGUUCAAAAUAUUAUUAAAACUACUGAAAAAGAUGUAGACAAUAACAGCAGUGAUAGUAAUUUGUCUAUUAAAAAUGCUCCACUUAGAUCUGAAAAGAAGAAAAACAAGCAUCGUCUCAUUAACUCUGAUAGCAGUGAAGAUGAAGUUCUCAUUAAAAAAGAGAGUCCAAAGAAGGAAAAGAAAUUGGAAGUUUUCUUUAAGAAAGAAGCUGAAAAUUUAAAAGCAAAGAAGAAGAAGCAACAUGUAAUUGAAUCUGACUACAGUUCAGAUGAAGUUGAGAGUCCUAAAAAACAAGAAACAAAGGAUGUUGUGGUUAAGAAAGAACCUGAAGUUGAAAAGAAAUCCAUGCUUGAUUUUUUCAAAGGAAAUUCAAAAACAAAAACUGAUACUAAUGUUAGUGGAGUUGAUUAUAAUCCAACAUUGGGAAAAUAUGAUCCAAUUGAAUGUGCUACAUGGCAACAUGGACAAAAGGUACCUUAUAUGGCGUUAGCUAGGUCCCUGGAAGAGAUAGAAAACGUGUCAGCUCGAUUAAAGAUGAUUGAGAUCUUAAGUAAUUUCUUCCGAUCUGUUCUGGUUUUGACCCCAGAUGACUUAUUGCCGAGUGUCUACCUAUGUUUGAACAAAUUAGCCCCAGCAUACGAGGGAAUUGAAUUGGGAAUUGCCGAAACAUCACUGAUGAAAGCAAUAGCGCAGAGUACUGGAAGAACUGUGGCACAAAUAAAAGCGGAUGCCCAAGAAGUGGGUGAUCUUGGAAUCGUGGCCGAACGCUCAAAAAGUAAUCAGCGUAUGAUAUUUCAACCGGCUCCGCUGUAUGUUCGUGGUGUCUUCGACAAGCUCAAAGAUAUAGCGAAAAUGACCGGACAUUCUUCACAAACUAAAAAAGUAGAGAAAAUCCAAUCGAUGUUUGUAGCUUGUAAACAUUCCGAAGCACGGUUUUUAAUCCGAUCGUUGGCGGGAAAGCUUAGGAUAGGCUUAGCGGAACAAUCUGUAUUGCAAGCGUUGGCUCUGGCCUGUACGUUGACGCCACCGAAUCAAUCUUAUCCACCUAAAAAAUUGAAUGUUUCUAAAGGAAUGUCCACAGAAUCUUUCAAGAAUUUACAAGAGGAAAUGACUUUGAUAAUUAAAACAACCUAUUGCGAAUGUCCAAAUUAUGAUCUGAUGAUACCUGUACUUCUCAAAGAGGGUAUCGAAAAGCUUCCCGAAUACUGCAAGCUCACUCCGGGUAUUCCACUCAAACCUAUGUUAGCACAUCCGACAAAAGGCGUACACGAAGUCCUCCAGCGAUUCGAUGGUCUCAGAUUCACAUGCGAAUGGAAAUAUGAUGGAGAAAGAGCGCAGAUUCACAUACAUGAUAAUGGUGAUGUUAGCAUUUAUAGUAGGAAUCAAGAGAACAAUACUUCAAAAUAUCCCGAUAUAAUUUCUCGUUUGGUGCACUGUAAGACUGAUAAUGUUAAGUCCUGCAUUUUGGAUUGCGAAGCUGUCGCGUGGGAUAAGGAAAAGAAACAAAUAUUGCCAUUCCAAAUAUUGAGUACGCGGAAACGGAAGGAUGCGAAUGAAGAGGAUAUAAAAGUUCAAGUUUGCGUAUUCAUGUUUGAUUUGCUAUUCCUAAAUGGAGAACGGUUAGUUACGAAACCAUUCUCGUAUAGGCGUGAAUUGCUGAAAGAGAAUUUCAAAGAGUACGAGGGUGAGUGGUGCUUUGCCACUAGUAUGGACACCAAGACGAUGGAAGAGGUUCAAGAGUUCUUGGAUGAGAGCGUCAAAGGUAAUUGUGAAGGUUUGAUGGUAAAGACGCUGGACGAGGAUGCCACAUAUGAAAUUGCCAAGAGGUCGCGGAAUUGGUUAAAGUUGAAGAAAGAUUACCUGGAGGGCGUUGGAGAUACGCUAGAUGUAGUCGUCAUUGGUGGAUAUAUUGGUAAAGGAAAACGGACUGGAACUUACGGCGGUUUUCUAUUGGCUUGCUACGACGCCGAUAACGAAGAAUACCAAAGCAUUUGCAAGAUUGGAACCGGUUUUACUGAUGAAUAUCUUCAAACGCAUACAGAUUUCUUGAAGAGUCAUAUAAUUUCUGAACCGAAAUCGUACUAUCGCUACGAUUCAUCUCACGAGCCUGACCAUUGGUUCGACGCUGUUCAAGUGUGGGAGAUAAAAUGUGCAGAUCUCUCCCUCUCGCCAGUCCAUCGAGCAGCAAUGGGCAUAGUUGAUCCUGAAAAGGGUAUUUCCCUUAGGUUUCCACGUUUCAUCAGGAUUCGAGACGACAAGAACGUAGAAGAUGCCACCUCAGCGCAGCAAGUGGCCGACAUGUACUCCAACCAGGACCAAAUUAAAAAUCAACAAGGCGGCGGGAAAUCGCUGGAGGAAGACUUUUAUUAGUUUUUUUUUAUCGUUAUGUAGUUGUUAAUAAGUGUGAAUAAAUACAUAAU